GAAACCCGGGUAAGUUGACGAGCUGGGUAAGAUGACGAAUUUAUAAUAACUGAUAGUAGAUUAUAUUAACAGCUGAUGUUUUACAAGAAAUGUAAGGAAUGAUGUUAGGAACAACUAUUUUAACCGAUACGAAAUAAUCAUGAUAAAGACCAUUUGUUUUUAUUUACGAUUAUCUGUUAUCACCGUACACACUUUAAUUUUCUGUGUUUUGUAAUAACGUUUUUUCAAAAAAAGAUACAAUGCCAAGAAACUAUAAAAGGAAAACUGAACCAACGUGGGACAAAGCAAUAAUAAAAUUGGCUAUAAAUGACUACAUCAACGAUGUAAAACCUUCAUGUAAUAAAUCUGCAAAAAAAUUUGGUAUACCAGAACCAACACUGAAGCGAUAUUUAAAAAAAAACCAGAAGUAAAUUAUUUUGUUAAUUUUAAACAACAAAUUAUAUAUUUAAUUUUGCUGUAGGAUUAUCCGACAAAUGGAGGCAGGUUUAAGAACACAUUUACUGAUGAACAAUUGGAAACACUACAAAAUUAUAUUACUGAUAUUGAUAAACGUUCUUUCGGUCUGACAAAAUUACAGUGCCAAAGGUUAGUGUAUGAUUUUGCUGAGGAAAAUGGUAUUCAUCACCGGUUCAAUAAACAGACUAAGCUAGCAGGUGAUGAUUGGAUGUAUAACUUUAUGUCUAAGUAUAACUUUAGUGUUAGAAAACCAGAAGCAACUUCUAUUGGUCGGCUUAUGGCGUUCAAUAAAAUAAAUGUUGGCGCAUUUUUUGACAAACUAAAAGAAAUCAAACUUGAAAAACAUUUUAAUGCCAGCCAGAUAUUCAAUGUGGACGAAUCUGGUAUCUCUAGCGUGCCAACUAAACUACCAAAAGUUAUUUCUCCAACUGUCGCACGAAGAGUUGCAAAAAUUGUGUCUGCAGAACGUGGAAAAAAUAUCACUGUCGUUUUAGGAAUAAGUGCUACAGGUGUAUACGUGCCACCCUUUCUAAUAUUUGCAAGAAAACGUAUGGAUAAACAAUUAAUAGAAGGAGCACCUCCUGGUUCAGUGGCUAUAGGUAAUGAUAAUGGUUGGAUGACUUCUGACAGUUUCUUACUUUACCUUGAGCAUUUUUGUAAGCAUGUAAAAGCAACUCCUGAAAAUCCUAUAUUAUUAAUUCUGGAUAACCACGUUUCGCAUGUUUCUCUACAAGCCAUUCGUUUUUGUCGUGAACAUAAUAUUACAAUGCUUGGGUUUCCUCCCCAUACCACACAUAAGUUACAACCACUAGACGUUGCAAUUUUCGGGCCUCUGAAGACGUAUUAUAGUCAAGCUUGUGAUACAUUUAUGGUAAAUAACCCGGGACGUGCAAUAAAUGAUCGUGAUAUUGGAAAACUAUUUGGUGAAUCAUAUAAUAGAGCUGCUACUGUAGGAAAUGCCAUAAAAGGUUUCAGUGCUUGUGGUAUAGAACCCUUUAAUCCAAAUAUUUUUUCGGAUUAUGAUUUUGCUUCUGCGGAAGUUACAGAAAGACCAUUGACUAUUGAAGAGCAGCCUAUACCUGAAACAAUAAAUAAAGAUCAGCCUAUCCCUGGACAAAUAAAUGAAGAGCACCCUAUACCUAGGCCAAUGAAUGAAGAGCAACCUAUACCUGGAUCAAGUCGGACAAUUGAACACAUUCAACCAGCAAAACUACCAGCUUUACCAGUGGCAGUGAGACCUGUUUCCAAACGCAAACCUAGGGCCAAAAUGCCAACUUUAGAAAUAACAAGCUCACCAGUAAAAUCCAUAUUAGAAAUGAAAGAACAACAGAAAAUCUUAAAUGAACAAAAAAAAAAAAGAACGAUUAGAAAAAAGAAAGCUAUUAAAAGAAAAUAAGAUAAAAAAUAAAAAACUGCGUGGGAAAAAUGUUAGACGCAAAAUAAUUUUAUCUUCUGAAGAAUCGGAAGAUGAUGAAGUUCCAUAUGUUGAUACAGAUAAUGAAGAAUCAAGUUAUGACGAAGAAUGUAUUUUUUGCCAAGAACUUUAUCGUAACGAUAAAAACGGUGAAUCGUGGAUUAAGUGUAUCAAGUGUGGAAGAUGGGCUCACGAACUUUGUGCAGGAGUAGAAUGUUGGAAAACAUUCACCUGCGAGUUUUGCAGAAAACAUAUUUUAUAAGUUGAUUUUUAUAUUAUUUUAUGUAUUUUAUAUUAAGACUGAAUAUUUUAUUUUCAGACUGAAGGAAAAAUUUAUUUUAUUGUUUUAGAUAUUUAAUAUUAAGGCUGAACAAGGUUACAAUUUUAUUUUAUGUUAUUUUAUUUUAUUUUCAGACUGAUAGAAAAAUGUUAUUUUAUUGUUAUAUUUGUUUUCAAGACUAUUUGAAUUUUUUGAUUUUUAAAUAAAUGCAUUGAACUUUAUAAAAAGAAUAUUUACUCAUUAAAACAUAAUAUAAAUUAUGCUAUGUCAACUUAACCCGGCAAAAUGUCAACUUACCCCAGCACAUGGGUAAGAUGACGAAUUCCAAAUUAUUUUUAAUUUUAUUUUUUUAAUCCUUUAAAAAAAAAAUUAAGUCUAACUUUUAAUUUUAGAAAAUUCUUCAAAAGUUCCUCUAUCUAUGUGUGUAAAAUUUACUAAUAUAUAUAAAGGCAGUAUAUUUUAAAAAUACAUCAAACCUUAGAUUCGUCAACUUACCCAGGUCUC